GUUAUGGGGUGCUGCGCUACGCAGUCCGCUUCCGCUACUGUCAGCUGAGCGAGCGCUGUUGAGUCAGUCGUCAUGGGGGUGAAACCGCUCUGAAACUGGAAUUGGGCGUUCAUCCCGGAGGACCAGUGGAGUAACAUGAGAAGUCAUGUGCGCCAUGGGGAAUUCCGUUCCCCGGCCUACUCGGCGUGCAGCGACGUUGGCGACGUUCUUGUGUGUUUGCCUGACAGUCUCCCUGUGUGACGCUUCACAAUAUUGUGAUUCUAAAUUUAAGUCGUCGGAUACGGAGCAAGCAAGGAUCUUGCGGGGUUUAUCCACCGUUAGGUUUACUACUGUUAGCCAUAAUGAUGGGAUCAAUUCUGAGUAUGCAGUUGCAGUUUGCGGUAAUGCGUCAAAGACUGAUCCUCUUGCAGGAGUUCUCCAAAACGGAACUACUGUUCUUGGACGUGUCAAUCACACCAGUGUUGUCAAAGGAGGGGAUUGGAUGAUGAUGAUAUUUGGCAGCGGUGAUAGAUACCCUGAAAAGUAUAACUGCAGUGGCCCUCGAUAUGCUUUUGUCAUGAUCCACUGCAAUCACAAUAACAGUGCUGAGAAUUCCAUGCGAUUCAUUAAAGAAGCCAGGGAAGAAAAAGAUUCUUCUUUAUGCUUUUUCAUGCUUGAGGUGUACUCUCAGCUAGUUUGCUCUCACCCUGACAGAAUAGGUGGAGGCACAAUUAUUACUGUUUUAUUACUUACGGUAAUUCUUGUCUACAUCAUUGGAGGGACACUUUAUCGACGUUUAAUAUUGGGUGCAAAGGGACUAGAACAAAUUCCCAAUCUAGUAUUCUGGCAAGCUGCUGGGGAAAGAUUAAAGAAUGGUUGCGGCAAACUAUGCUGCAAACCAAGUACCACCCAUAGCACUUCCUGGGAUAAUCUUGGCCCAAGAAUCGAGAGAGAUGAUGAUUCAUUACUGCCCCCUUGAGGCAGAGCAUUUAGGAAGAUAAGAAAUAAAAGACGCCACAUAAAGGAAA